AUGAAUGACUUUUUAAAGCGGACAUGCUGGGGUGUAUCCCUACACAGUUAGCCAUAUCAAAAGAAGUAACGUACCUUCAAUGGUAUGUCUGGCGCAAAGAUGCUACGGUUCCUCCAGAGCAUUUCCCGUAGGAAACCUUUGGAGCCUGAAGGCGAAGUGUCCAACUUUCGGCGCUGCCUGACCACCCUCGACCUGGUGGCUCUGGGGGUUGGCAGCACCCUGGGGGCUGGUGUUUAUGUGCUCUCGGGAGAAGUGGCCAGGACCAUAGCUGGUCCCAGCAUAAUUAUUUCCUUCCUAAUAGCAGCUGUAGCCUCCAUCUUUGCAGGAUUGUGUUAUGCUGAAUUUGGAGCUCGGGUUCCUAAAACAGGAUCUGCCUAUCUCUACAGCUAUGUGACUGUGGGGGAGAUAUGGGCUUUUAUUACUGGCUGGAACCUACUCCUUUCUUAUGUCAUUGGAACAGCAAGUGUUGCAAGAGCAUGGAGCGGGACCUUUGAUGAUCUCAUUGGACACGUUAUUGCCAACUCUCUGGGCAAAGGGGCCAUGAUACGUUUACCUGGACUUGCUCCAUACCCAGAUUUCUUUGCAGCUGGCCUCAUAAUGCUCUUAUCAGGAAUUCUUGCAUUUGGAGUAAAAGAGUCCGCUAUAGUAAAUAAGGUAUUUACAGCCAUAAACAUUCUGGUGUUGCUGUUUAUUAUCCUUUCCGGUUUCAUCAAAGGUGACAUCAAUAACUGGUUCAUUAAUGAAGACUCUCUCCAAAGAGCAUUUGAAAAUUACACAUUCCUUAAUGAAACCAGCCAAUAUGGAACUGGAGGGUUUUUUCCCUUCGGCUUUGAGGGAACAUUAGCUGGAGCAGCCACUUGCUUUUAUGGAUUUGUUGGAUUUGACUGCAUUGCAACAACAGGAGAGGAAGUUCAGAAUCCUCAGAAGUCAAUCCCACUCGGCAUAGUGGCAUCCCUCCUCAUCUGUUUUCUGGCUUACUUUGGUGUGUCCGCUGCCUUAACUCUGAUGAUGCCAUACUAUUUGCUCAGCGUUAACAGCCCACUGCCCAUGGCUUUCACAUAUAUUGGUUGGGGCCCGGCAAAGUAUGCAGUGGCCAUUGGAUCCCUCUGCGCACUUUCAACAAGUCUGCUGGGAUCAAUGUUCCCGAUGCCACGUGUUCUCUUUGCCAUGGCCAGAGAUGGACUUCUCUUCAGAUCUCUCAGUAAAAUGAGCUCCAGACAAAGUCCUGUCAUUGCAACGCUGGUUUCUGGGAUUGUUGCAGCUGUCAUGGUGUUAUUGUUUGACCUGAGGAUGCUGGUUGACAUAAUGUCAACUGGAACACUCUUUGCCUACACACUUGUUGCCAUUUGUGUACUUAUACUAAGGUACCAAGCUGAGCUCAGUGAAGAUUCAAGUUUAGGCAAGUCAGAACCAUUCACAGUAGGAGGUGCACUUUGUCCUCCCUCCCAAGGAACCCCACGGACAUCAAGGAAUGUGUCUAUUUUAACUAUUGCUACUGUUGUAAUUUGCGUAAUCCUGAGCAUCUUAAUAUCCAAGGGUAUAGACUCCCUACGGACACUUCAAUGGUGGAGUUUACUUUGUGUUUCUGUGUUUGGCCUGAUACUCGUCGUUACUGUAUUACUCAUCUGGAGACAGCCACAGAGUUCAGCCAAAGCUGCUUUCAUGGUCCCUUUUGUGCCUUGGCUUCCCACUUUUAGCACUUUCGUCAAUGUCUAUCUCAUGGUUCAGCUUGGAUCAGACACCUGGAUUCGUUAUGCAGUCUGGAUGGCAGUAGGUUUAAUCAUCUACUUUUGUUAUGGAGUUCAGCACAGCGUACAGAAACAAAGGAUGGAGAACUCACAGGAUAGAGUCAGUUUUUAAACUAUCACCACAAUGAUGGGGUAAAAGCUUUGAACCUAAAUACUAAAGGAUUUUUUUAUGCUCAAAGCAUGUGUAUUAAUGUUCUAAAAGUAUUUGUCUCUGAUGUUAAACCUUUUAUAUUAGCUGUGCUACUUAGAUUCUAGAAAAAUAACUUUUACACUAACACAACAUAAUAUUGAACCAUAUUUCUGUUUUACCCAGAAUGACCAACAUCAUAUUCCCACAAGGUCACAGACAAAAUUCUGUCACUUGUAAGGUUUGUCCUAAGAAGUAGAACAUGAUGUGAAUAAAUUAGUUUUUUGAUGAGGCAAAACACUGCUGUAUUUUGUAACUGAAAAUCAUUGUACUUAAACAAUUGGAUUUUGUUUGUAGCCAUUGUAUCUGCAUGCAAAUUA